UACACAGCCUCCUUCUGACUGUAAACAUGGUGGCGUCAAUAAUUCAUUGAUGAAUGGAUUGUUCUUUUUCCUCCUUCCUCAUCCUUCCAUUACUCCAAUGUGUAUCGCAUUUGCAUUCUAAAUCUAUUAGGACUAGAAAGAAAUUCUCAUGGCAUUUGUUGUAAAUAUUUGCUGCAGCAUUUGGAUUAUAAACUUAUCAUCAUGUUAAACUGGACUUUGCAAAUGCCAGUUUCAGAAAAAUAGAUCAAAAUACGUCUCAUGGAUAUUUCUUGGAAUAUGUGUUGAACUUUGGAUAUAAAUUCAAACAUUGGAUAUCACAUGCUCACAAACAGAAUGUGUUUUGUUAUUUUAUAUUAUGAAAGCAGACAGCCUUGUUAUGACUCUAAUACUUGGUUAUCAUCGUAGUAGAUGUGUCUACUUAUCUCAACAAAACCUUGAUUUUUAAGUCAAAGUCAUGGCAUCUGAUAUGGGACUUUUCAUUCAGUGUUUGAAAAAGCCACCGGCUUCAAGAUCCGAUAAGGAUCUGAAAGUAAUUUAUACUUACCUCCAUGGCAUGGAAGCCUUGGCAGGUUUAAGAGAUCAUGUUCUACAAGGCCUUUGCUCUGUUGUGCGGUAUGAAUUUCAUGAAGCAAAUGAUAUUAUUUAUUAUGUUGGAGAAGUAGCUAUGUGUUGGUACAUUCUCUUGUCUGGUUCUGUUUUUAUAGAAGGAUCCAUGUUUUUACCCAGAAGCAGCUUUGGGCGAAGAUCUCCUGGUUGUUUGAGAAGAACAAGUGAAUGUUUGACACUGGAAGCUUCUGAAAUGAUUGUGAUUGAUUAUCCUGAUACAACAAACAUAAAGCCCAAUUCACGAGGUGUAGAACUAAUACACAAUGAUGUACCGGAUAGACCAAUGCGACGAAUGAACUCUGAUAGUGUCAUAGAAUCACAGUUGGCAGAAGACCUUGCUUCAGGGAGUCACACACAUCCACUUCUUGGAGUGGGUGGUCUAGACCAUUACCCCCUACAUGCUGGCAACAAGAGGUUCUCCAGAGCUAGUGACACAUCCAGUGCUUAUUCAGGCUCAGACAUAAUGCACACCUCAUUAGAUGACCCUGAUGUCAAUGACAUUGACAUCAGUGGUCCUUUAGUGGACUCAGAUGAUGAAGAGGGAUAUGCUGAAUCAGCUGAGACAUUUUCUAUACGGGAUGUUGAAAGGGAUUGUCUAGAAAAAGAACCAUCAGAAAGAACAAGUGAAGAUAUUGACAUUCUUCUCAACUUUACACAGCAUUUAAAAGCUUUUUCUAACAUGACUGAACACACGCGUAGACUUUUGUGUGAGGUGAUGGUUUUUGCCAUAGUUCCUAAAGAAGGGACUAUUGUAAUGAAAGAUGGUGAAGAGCUGGACUCUUGGUCUGUUAUCCUUAAUGGGGAGGUGGAGAUCACACGUCCCAAUGGUCACAAGGAAAAAUUACAAAUGGGAGAUUGUUUUGGCAUCAAACCAACAAUGGAAAAAUUAUAUCAUCAAGGAGUUAUGCGGACAAUUGUAAAUGAUUGUCAGUUUGUGUGUAUAGCCCAAUCAAGUUAUUAUAAAAUUUUACAUCUGGGGGAAGAAAACAUCAAAAAACAUGAAGAGAAAGGAAUGAUUGUGAUGGAAACUGAACAUCGGCAGCUGGAUGGAGGCAACAGAAAAGGGCAUAUUGUUAUCAGGGCAACAAAAGAGAAAUUGAUGCACCACCUGGUAGAAAGUCAUUCAGCUGUAGAUCCUACCUAUGUUGAUGAUUUCCUUCUCACGUACAGAACAUUCCUCAGUAGUCCUCUAGAGCUAGUGAAAAACUUGCUGGAGUGGUUUAAACAAGAUGACCUGAAAACUAGUGUGACAAGAGUUGUUCUUCUUUGGGUCAACAACCACUUCAAUGACUUUGAAACCAAUCCAGACAUGUGUGAUUUCCUGGAACAUUUUGAAUGUUUAUUAGAAAAAGAGUCAGAAAAUGACUUUGAGAAGAUGAUGGGACAGCUAAGUUUACUCAAUAUGGCAUGUGCGGCUAAGGCAAGGCUCCGUACUCUCACACUGACCCGGGCCACCAGAGAGGAAAUGUUGUGCUUCUCCAUCUUGGGUGGCUACGAGAGAGGGCAUGGCAUCUAUGUCACUAAAGUAACUCCAGACUCUAAGGCAGCAGAGGCAGGCUUGAAGCGAGGAGAUCAGAUCCUUGAGGUGAAUGGCCACAAGUUUCAUCAGAUCUAUUAUAACAAAGCGCUAGAGAUCCUCAGGGGAGCAACUCAUCUCUCUAUAGUGGUCAAGUCAAAUUUACAAGAAUUCAAAGAAAUGCUGAGAUCAUCAGAAAAAAAUACUCCACGUAAAGUGAAGAGAGAAGAUGGAAAUAUACCCAACCCCAAACAGAGGCUGUCUGUGCCAGAUCUGGACGCAACUGUUCCUAUAUUUACCACUGAUCCUGUGGAUAUUAAGAAAACGGAAAAACGCUCCGGUAUUUUUGGUUCCACAUCAAGAUUACGAAAAGCUUUAACCCGGAUAAACUUUAUGCCAAAGAAUCUAAAUGGCAGAGAAUCAGGUUCCAUAAAUCAUUCUGAUGAGAGCCUCUACUCUAAGCCAUCACGGAAAUCAUCAACCUCAUCCUCGUCAUCAAACACCGGACCAACCCUGAGCAACCACUUCAGUGCAAGUAACCCCGACAUGAGCAGUGUGGGGCUUAUUGUGGAUGAUCGCAAUGAUAUGCCAGAACAUGUUGUCAAGGUGUACAAGUCUGAUCAGUCCUUCAAGUAUUUGCUUAUACACAAGGAAACCACAGCUAAGGAAGUUGUCAUGUUGGCUCUUCAAGAGUUUAAUAUCACAGAUCCAAGUUGCAAUUAUUCCUUGCGGGAAGUUACUGUAGAAAUGGAGAAGUUCAUCAAAAGCAAACGACUGCAUGACACAAUGAGCAACCUGCCUGAGCGGCUGAACCUCAAUGGCCGGCGGGCCCUCCCUCGUGUACUUAGGUAUUACUUGAAGAACAACUUGACCUCUGAACCCCUCAUCCCUGACGAUCUGAUUGGUCAGCUGCUAGCAGAGAGUCAGAUCAGUUUGCUCCACCUAAACCCACAUGAAGUGGCAUGGCAGCUGACCCUGAAUGACUACAGAGUGUUUCGAGAGAUUGAGCCUACAGAGUACGUAGAUGAUCUGUAUGGUCUCAAUUCUAAAUAUGGCUGUCACCAGCUGCAUAAGUUUGCUGAGUUGGUAAACAAAGAAAUGUUCUGGGUGGUGACAGAGAUUACCAGUGAAACAAAUCUAGUCAGGCGCGCCAAGUUGCUCAAACAUUUUGUUAAAAUUGCCAAACACUGUAAAGAUUCCAAAAACUUCAACUCCAUGUUUGCUAUCUUGAGUGGCCUGGGUCAUGGUUCAAUAUCAAGGUUAAAGUUGACAUGGGAAAGGUUACCCAGCAAGUACAUGAAACUUUUUGAGGAUCUCCAAUCUUUAAUGGAUCCUUCAAGAAAUAUGUCCAAAUAUCGUAAUCUGAUAAACAGUGAACAUGUCCAGCCUCCUUAUAUUCCAUUUUAUCCCAUUUUCAAGAAAGAUUUAUAUUUCAUUCAUCUUGGCAAUGAUUGCAAAGUUGACGGCCUCAUUAACUUUGAAAAGUUGCGCAUGAUUGCCAAAGAAGUCAGAAAUAUUUGCAACAUUUGUUCUGUAAAAUAUGAUUCCAACAACAUGUUUCUAAGCACAAACAACAGCUUCCAAAGUACUCUUGUGUCUGGUAUGACAACCCUCAAGAGAACCAAGAACAGACGAGGAUCUGCUCUGCCUAAUGCUAAAAAAAUGUAUGAAGAGGCCCAGAUGGUGCGAAGAGUAAAAUCCUACUUAAGCAACAUGCCAAGCAUCUCUGAUGAAGACAAGUUAACUGAGCUUUCAAAUGUGUGUGAGCCUCCAGUAAAAAGGCGUGACCAGUCUCCAAGUGUAAAUAAUUCACCAAAUAUGGAAGACAAAAGGACAGCGGUACCAGUGGGGCCAAAAUUUGGUGCUGAGUCUCCCGGUGCCGUGAGGAAACUGAUGGCGCUGUCAGACAAAGUCAAGCCCCAUAACCCUAAAAUACCAAUAGGGAAGGUGACGGUGAGUCCGGUGUCAAAUCGACGGGGGCCAGGCCCCACUUCACCUCGGAUAGGGUCGGCUAGGCCUCACCCUGUCAGCCUGACACCAGAGAGCACGUGUCUGGGGUCAGGGCCCAGGAAGCAGCCUCUGAGAACUGGUUCCAUGGGUUCUAUUGACUCCUCAAGUCCUACCUACAGCAUUCAUGGGUUCCAAUCUCAAACCACAUCUGAGAAUGACUCAGGGCGUGGGAGCAUUUGCUCCAACGUUUCCCCUCCCCCACACCGCAGACUAACAGCCCCCGCUGGCACAGCAUAUCAUCUUCCUGCCCAGUCACAACAUAUGAGACCUCCUCUUCCUUCUUAUAGCACAGUUAGACAUAAUGCACCACCAAUAGCAACUUGUAUAGCACCAAUUUAUGGCGCACAUCAAACUUUCCGUCGUCCUCCCCUACCUGAUUAUGAAGCAGCAACAACAAUGGCACGCCAGCUACAGCAACACCACCAACGAUCUCAUGACAAUGUAUAUAUAGGCCAUGUCACCCCUGUAGAAAGUGAUUAUGACAGUCCUUUAGUUGAAGGUGUGGAUGAAGAACAAGUGUCUGCAGUCUAGUCUGUAAACAUGCUAGUGUAUAUUUAUCUAAUGCUGGACCUGAACCACAGAUCUGAUUAGCACUGAGUGCCUGGCUCAGUGCAUUGCUUUCUCAUUGGAUGUACAGGCAGACAUCCAGGACCUAAGCUCGGCUAUGAAGGAGUGUUGCAUAAAGCUGGCAGUGUGUCACUGGUGGUGAAAGCUGGUGUAUAAAUGACUUCUGAAGCUACAAACAAUGGGUGCUGAUAGCAGAUGUGUUGUGUGUAUGGCAGUUGUGGAAGUUUUGCAGGCAGUGUGUAGAGAAAACUACAUUAACAGGCAGCAGGUUAUUGUAGCAUGGUGCAUUGUAAGUGGUUGUGAAAAUUUUAGUUUUAUCGUUGAGGCUUGAAGUGUCAUAGGCACAGCGGCGUAGCUACUGUAUAUCAAGCAUAAGCAUGGCUUAAAGUACCAUAGAACAUAAGGGCCCUUUUCCCCCUGUGACAAAUAUAAAAUGUCCACAUAGGUUGAUUUUUUUCGCCUACAACGUUAGAAUUCUGUUGUAGCCUAAGGGGCCCACUAAUAAUUUUAGCAUUAGGGCCUAAAAAUCCUAGCUACGCCACUACAUAGACAGUUAAUAGUUUUAACUUUACUAAAUGUGUAAAAUAGAAAAAUAUGUUCAAUUCUCAAACCAAGACAUUUUUAUACAAUGAAACUGAUUUUUCUUUUUUUUUUUUUGUAAUUAAAUCAUUCUAGUUUUUGUUAAGAAAUGUUGCGAAAACAUAAUUUUUUUCGGUGACCUAGUCAAAUUAUGCCAAAGAGUCAGAGGUACUCAAAAGCUGAUUUCCUUGUUUUUAUUUGUAUUCUCAAUGUAAAUAGGAGGUUUACAGUGCCGGUGCUGUGUGUGAGUUCUAUACUGUCUGAUGACUGCUUGAACUGUAUGGCAGCUGAAUGAAUGAUUGCUGUGAGGAUGUGCUGUGAUAGAAAAAUACUCAAACUUGUAAACACUCCAGAGCUGCUUAGGACAAUCAGACAUUUCACUUGUAAAAAUUGUUUAUAACAUGUCCAUUCUUGUACAGAAAGAUUUAACUGUGUUCACAUUUGACUCAUUAAUUUUUCUGCCUUUUUAUUCAGAGAAAUCUAUUUGUUACCCUUAACUGUCGUGUUUAAAAAAAGUAAAGAGCCUCAUGGAUAAGAUGUUAAAUGUAGGAUUGCUGACACACUUUAGUUUGUUAAUCAAGUCGCCCUGAAUCAGGAGCUUCCUAACCAUAUUGGUGCAGUGUUAACUGUGAUAUCUUCACUAGUUAGAGUUGCUAUCAUCAUUGUACAGAUAAUAAUCUUUGGCCCAACAAGUUAUUUUUUUUAUUGUACAGUUUGAUUUUUUUUUUCUAAAUUGUAAUUUUUUUAUGAUUUUACAGUCUUUUAGUUUCCAACUGAAAAUAUUUUGAGCACUCUAAGGAUACUAGUGUUAUAUAUACUUAAUAAAUUGUCCACAUAUAAGCAAUUUUUCUCCACUGUUCAGGUAUGUGUCAACCACUGCACAAUUCUAAUAAGAUAAUGUUGUAAACAGAAUGUACAAAGUAAAGAAAGUUGUAGAAAGACAUCUAGCUGUAACUAAGAUAUUAAAUUGUCUACUCUGAAUUAAUAAACCCAGGUUACAUUAUUGGCUAAAUUUAAAAUCUACUUAAACUGAUCUGUCAGUGCUAAACUAUCUACUGUUCGUAGUGCAUAGCCAGCAAAGUACUAACGUUAAUCAUUUUUAAAUUCUGCCAGUUUUGAAUGUUGUUUUAACAUUGUUAAGUAGAGUUGAAGAUUAUUUUAGUAGUGUGAUUGUUGAUUUUAGUUUUGAAUUCCAGUAAGAGAUUUUAAUGGAAUGACUCAUUUAAUUUUAUAUUUUUAGUUCUGUAAGAACAAUUUAAAAAAAAAAAACGGCUGAAAAUAUUGUACAGAUGUAUGUGUGGGCAGGCAGAAAGUUUUUAUAUUGUUGAUGCUGUGAGAGUGUAAAUAAGUUGUACAAUAAAGGUUCAGUUCUAACAGCUUG